CCCCAAGGCGGGGUUGGGUCCUCCGGCUGGGAGGAACCAACCAUCCCGCCGUGCCGCGGGCCCCAAGGCGGAGUUGGGUCCUCCGGCUGGGAGGACCCGGGCCAUCCCGGCGUGCCGCGAGCCAAUGCGGGUUGAGUCCGCCGGCUGGGAGGACCGAGCCUUCCCGGCGUGCCGCGGGCCCGCUUUGAAUGGCGCAGCUUCAUGUGUGGAGAGUGGCGGCCGGUCGGGCCCGUUAGCGGCUGAUAGAGGCGAGGGGAAGCGGGGAGGAGGAGGAGGAGGGACUGAUUCUAUGCGCUCGCAAUCCCACUGAAAUGCUGUAAAAUGUUCAGGAUUGCAAGUGAUUAUGGCAUCUAGACAUCAAGAUGUCAGGCAAGGUGUAUUGUUAUUUGGUGUGGAGGAUGAAUGCUUCGAAAAAAGGCAACUUGGUAAAAGGAUGCAUCCUGAUUGCAAUGAGACUAUGAAAAAGGUUCGAAUCUCGGAAUGUAAAGAGGUGAAUCCUGAAAUUAAAAGAUCAUCUACUGGACAAACGGAGAAAACAUUGCACAGAACAUCCAAAGCGACGUGCUAUAAAAAGAAGAGUAGACAUCGAGUCCAAAGUAACGUGAGCAACGGAAAGCAGCAUCCAAGCUUGCUGGACUGUGAAAUGGCAAAUAAAGAAAACGAAGUAGUCUGUUCAGGAACUGUACCUAAAUUAAGCAAUGACAAUCGCAGCUCACUGUUGAACUCUAGUGAUUCUCCUGCUUCACAGACUGGUGCUUCUGUAACAUAUGCAGAUUAUUUUGCACAGAUUUCCAAGGAUCAUGCGACUAUGACACAAGUGCUAUUUGGUAGAAAUCUAAGACUCAAUGUUGCCCUGACAUUCUGGCAAAAAAGUGCAAGCGAGCUGGUAGCUUACCUGGUCAGGAUACAGGACAUUGCUGUUAUUGCAGAUUGCCUACCAGUGCUGACAAAGAGUCUGGAGGAAGAAAAACAAAGCAUCUCCAUAGGUUGUUGUGUUGACCUCUUACCAUUAGUGCAGGAGUUAUUGAGAAGCAGGUUUGAAGAAUAUUUGAUUGUUGGUUUAAACUGGCUCCGAGCUGUCCUUAAGCAAUGGUGGCCGGAGCUAUCCGCAAAUACAAAAAAUGAUGAAACUCAUGUAGAAGAUCGAAACAUUGAGGCUUUGAAAAAUCAGUUACGACAACUACGGGAUCAAGGCUUUCAUUUAUCUUCAGUUCCAGGGUAUACUGGAAAAGUAGCUAAGAGUGUAGGGACUUACCUGGAGCAGCUGUACUAAGUAUACGCAGUAUCCAGGGGACUUCAUUUUUCAAGUAGUAUCAGCAGUUGCAAGCUGCUUUAUGACACCAUAUAAACCUCUUGUUUGUUGAAAUGUUUGGGAGACCAGCACUGCAGAGAGUGGUCAACUGUAGGCUCAGCACUAGAUUGGUUGCGAAGAAUGUUCAAAAACCACUAUUGAACCCUAUGAAGCUACUUCACAUUGAAGUGGUUUAUUUGCCGAAAGGCAUAUACUCGACUCCGUGAGCUGUGACACUGUUUUGCGUUCCAGAUUCAUGUAGCCUAACUUGGACAGGAGAAGGUCUGUUUUUCAUUAUUGUCACACCAGUGCCAAUCAGCUGCCACUGAAAUGCUGCUUCAGUGCAUUUGGACACUAUGAAUGUAUUUUCUGUAUAUUUGAUUCAAGGUUGUGAAAUUUGCAUAUGACUGCAGCAGUAAGUUAUGAUUUCAAUAAAGAAAGCAUCAUAGUUGAGCAUGCAGCUGUACACUAAUGUCAGUAAGGUGACCUUAACAAAAUGUGCAUAGCACUGUAUUCUUUUAAUUGAAACAUUAAAGUAGACAUUUCCUGUGAGUUUGCACUUAAAUAAAACAUGCUAUGUCUUAA